AUGCGCUCGGUGCUGCCUUGCGAGCUAGAGUCUCGGAUGCGAAUGGUGGGCAAGGCAUUUCCGGUGGCUGCCGAAUGCGGCAGCAGAGCUGGGGUGUCCGAAGAUGGCGGUAGGGAAGGGCAGCCUCGAGGCACUGCACCGCGGCAGAACCUCCGUGGCAGAAGAACAUGCAGCCUUCUUUCUCCACCCGAUGCCAGAGAUCACGAAAGGAAGUCGGCUAAAGCUUUUAAUAUUCUGCCCCCCACGAAGAAGAAUCGAGCACGAGAAGGAACGAAGUCCGAACUGCUCUCGACGAAGCGGUGGAAGAUCGAAAAGUCUCUCGCGCGAUCCAAGAAUCAAGGAUCGCUCGACACCGGGGGCUCCGACGCACGAACCGCCCGUCGGCCAUGGGGCUCGGCGCCGUCCGCCCGCCCGUGGGGCAAGGAGAGUCGAGCGACGGGGCGGGGGCUCGGUCGGGGCAGGGGCAGGGGCAGGGGGACGGAGCUCGACGUGGGCAGUGACGGGGGGAGGGGCUGCAGCCCCUGGCCCCGUCAGUUGUUGGGAAGGAGGAGGCGAGGCGGACGGAGGAAAAUAGGGGCUGGGGAAGGGACAGGCGACCUGGGGCUGGAAAUAGGGGAAGCCCAAAGCGGAGGUGCGUGUGGGUACACCGCAGCAGGGGCAGGGGCCGGGGCGGGGCUGGCCCGUCGUGUCGCCUGCUGCAUCUGCUGCUGCUGCAGGGCAGUGGCUGUUGGCCAGGCAGCGGUGGCAACAGCAACAGCUCCAGCUCCAGCUUCCGAUGGCAAGCAUCUCUGCCCCCAAGCCAUCGUAGAGUAUAGUAUGUCUAGCACCAGCAUCCAUGCUCUGCAUUGCUCUCCUUCGGUGGGCCGAUUGAAGAAGAAGGUCCCGGGUCCGGGGCUGGGGCUGGGAUUGGGCCUGGGCUUGUUUGGGGGCUACCACUGCCGCGCUAGUAGAGAGAGCGGGGAGGCGGAAAGGGGAGGGCCGCUGCGAGGGUAG